CGACUCCGCUCCAGGCAAAUCCGCCCCUGCCUCAAAAGCGCGCCAUGGGCGAUGGCGUUGCCGCCCUGCGCUGGGCGCUGCCGCAAAACCGCCCGUCGCGGCCAUGCCUCGGGCACCGGCUUUGCGCGGGGGGUUGCCGCGCUCCGGCGCCAGCGGUUGGCUCCGGGGGUUCCUCCAGCAGCUCCAGCCGUGGGAAAGUCGCUGCGGCCGCGCUUGCCGCGGCGCUGGUUUCGUCGCUGGAGGCCAGAGGCGCCGCAGGUGCCAGGAAAGGCGGCCGCCGCGUGGUACUCCAGGCGGAGGAGCCAGAGGCUCCGGAGACGGGGGAGGAGUUGUCCAAGGCCUCUGCUUCGCAGCAGCUAUUGCAGCGCCUGCGGGAGGAAGUGGACGGCGGGUACGAGAUGGUGGCGCGCAUUUUCUUGUCUGCCAGCAGCGACCUCAGGGGGGAGAUGAUCUCCAUCCUGGCGGAGGAGACCAUGGGCCUGCCCGUGGAGAACUUCCGAUGGCUGCUGCGGGCUAUGCGAAGAGCUGACGUGUCUCCUGAGAGCCUCGUGCAGCUGUACCACCGCGUGGAAGAGUGGUUUCUGGAGCAAGAGCCGAACCAAGAGCAGUGGGCGCAGGUGGUUUAUGCGCUGGCCCUGAGUGGUCGCCUAGAAGAGGCGGCAAAAAUCGUGGAGACGAUGGAGGAGGGCUCGGACCGGCGCUUCCCGAAGCCGGACGCACGGAUGUACAACUUGCUGGUGCAGGAGGUAGCCAAGCGCCAAGGCUUGUCUGCAGCCUCGCGGCUGCUGACACGGGUCUAUGCGCAAGGGCUGGUGCCAGAAGCGUUGUUUUUCCUGCUGCUGGUGGUGGCCCAUUGCGCGGCCUCGCCGAGCCAGCUGGACAGAGCCAAGCUCUUUUUGCGGCGCGGCGAGCAGCUCAUGCGCAGUCAGCGAUUUGGCUUCCGACUGGAUCUGAAGUAUGAUCCGCUGUAUCUCUAUACUGCCCUCAUGGCCGGCUACUUCAGGGUGGGCCGCUUCAGCGACGUCUUCACCAUGCUGGGGGUGAUGCGUCAGCGGGGCAUCCGCCCCAACUUCGUGACCUUCAGCAUCCUGCAGAAGACCUGCUUCGCCCGGCCCAACGCCGCCGCGGAGGUGCGGCAGCUGCUGCGGGUCAUGGAGCAGAUCCGGGUGGACCCGGAGACCACCAACUACAACGACCUCAUCCAGUGCUAUGGCCAGUCGGGCCAAAUGACGCUGGCGCUGCAAGUGGCAAACCGCAUGCGCGAGGCGGGGAUCAGAUGGAACAAGGUCACCUAUCUCAAUCUGAUCAAGGCCGUCGGCAGCGCUGGCCAGGUGGAGCUUGCACUGCGGCUGCUCACACGUAUGCGCAGCGAUGGGGUUAGGCCUGAGGGGGCCCACUACACGUGCGCCUUCAUUGGCCUGGCGCGUGCAGGCUACUAUGAGGAUGCCCAGCGUGUCUUCCAACGCCUCGUGGACCUCGGCGGGGUGCGAAACCAGCCGUACAACAUGAUGAUGGCCAUCCACUGCCGCCGCGGCGACAUGGAGGCAGCGCAGGAGGUGAUGGCCACUCGGCCCGCAACCUGCCGUCCUUUUGUUGGCGGAGAUGGCGAAGAGAGCAUGAAAGAUGCUGGCUGGCCUCCGGAUGUCAUGACCUAUCGCAUUAUGCUGGAAGGCCACAUCGAAGCGGCUUGCGACUGGCCAGCGGCCUUGGGGCUGCAGGAGGCGGUGGCGGACCUGCGCCAUGGUUUGCUGCGGCUCCGGCAGGACCCGCAGGUGCCUGAAGCCGCCAAGGCUGCGGCGCAGGAGCAGCUGGGCCUGGAGCAGGCAUGGACCAAGGUGUACCAUCUGCUGGUGGAUGCCGCAGUGUACAACGCGGAGUGGUCCCGGGCCGUGAACUUGACGGAGGAGCUUACGAGCUACGGCCUGCCGGUGAACUACCGGAAGCACGCGCGCCUUCUGGAGGACGUGGAUUCUUCCACCCGGGCGUUGGCGGCCCUGAGAGGCACGCAGGAGCCACAGCCGGACUGGUCCAACGCCUCGGAAAAGCAGAAGGUGAUGCUGCGGGUGCGGGCGAGGUGGGCCUCGGAGAUCCCGAACGUGCAGAAGGGCAUCGUGCCGGGAGGUGUGAAGAAAGAGGCGCAGCUGCUGCGGGAGGAGGCAUCCCUGGCCAUCCCGACCCACGCCUUCUCUGCAAGCUUCUUCCCGGGUUGGCUGGACGGCGGCGACGGGGAGCUGGAGGAGCACGCAGAGCUGAAGCUCUGGCAGCGCUGCCGCGAGCAAAUCCAGCAAGGGUCCCAGCUGGAGGCCAUAUCUGCUCGGAUGGGGUACCAGAUCCUCUACGCGAACCACCAUGCCACAGUGCAUCGGCGGCCCAUGGUGCCGCUGGAUUUGGACUCCUCGCGGCCACUGGUGGGCCGGGUGGUGCCUGAGAGUCUGGAGUCGCUGAAGCUGCUCUUUGACACCUUGGGCUGGCCGGGCCGCCAUUCGGGUGCUGUCUAUGUCUUCCUGCGGCCUGCCACCGCAAAGCUGGACGCGCUGCUCGCCUUGGUCUCCGCCGCCGCAGCGUACCCGGAGGACGUGUACCUAAUGCGCUCGGAGGACCCUUCCGAUGCCUCCAGCCUGGCGCUGGAAUGCCGUGAGCGGAACUGCCGCGCCAUCACCUUCUCGUUGUCAGCCAUGCUGAAGCGCCUGCCCGCAGCACUGCUGGUGAACCGCAGGUUUCUGGUGACGAACAGCGAGGACGUCAUCAAGACAGAGUGCGUGCCCUUCGACGAGUCUUUAAGGCGCCGCCUCAUCCAUCAGCCUGCGCCCGGGGAGAUGAUGGCGCCCGAGCCGGAGGAGGAAGAGGAUGAGGAAGAGGACGACGAGAAGCCGGAGAGGAAGGGGGAUGCGUCCUCGGUGUGGGUGCAAUGGCUGCGGCGGAACCGCCUGCACCAGAUGAUCCGCUACGACGGACACCAGCUGCGCCUGGAUGGGGUCAUGCACCGCCCAGCGCUGUCCAAGGGCGAGUCCUUCCGGGCGCGGGCUCAGCGGAACGGCGAGUUGUUCCGAGGACCUGGCGUUGCCGGAGCAGCCGGACGAAGACGGCCCGGCCUCCUUCUUCGCCUGGUUCUGAGGGCCCGGAAGGGUGACCUUCAGGUGGACUGGGGUGACCGCUUAAUGCGGGUUCCAUGUGACCCCAGAUCAAUCCCCGAGGGUACCAUCACAAGAUGCCUUCGUGACAAGUGGGACGUGAGGCACGCGACACCUAAGGUUACACUCCAGCCAUGUAGACCCCCCAGCGAGAGCCGAGCCGCUGUCCGUGUGGAACGCCGCUUCCCGCUCGCCCAGCUUGUGGCAUGCCGGUGCUAGAGGUAGAGAUACCUAGGACCUGGCUGGGAAGCGGACAAUGGGUGCCA